AUGCUGAACAGCCAUUGCAUUCCCACCACAGAGGGUCAGGCCAAGAAAGCUGGCGCACCUCGCCUAGUGGUCGACUCGGUGAAGGAUCGGAGCCUCAUCAAAAUGGCUGGCAAUGCAAUGAGCUUACCCUGUGAUCAGGCGGACAUGCAGGCCCUGGCUGCUAGCUGCUUGCUCCUGGAAGUGGACAAGCCGAGCGAGGGCUGGCCCCUUCUGACUGACUGGCUGCGAACAGCUGGGGAUGUGUGGUGUCUGGGCUAUGAAGCCCACCGUGCCCCAAUCGAGGUCAGACCCUUGGAGAACGUACUAGGCCUUGAAAUGAAACCUGCCUCACUGGUUCCAACGAAAGGAGUAGGAAGGGCUACCGUGAUCCUGUUCGGGAUUUGCUACACCUACUGCAAAAUGCGAGACAUGGAGGACCCAGAGCUGAAAGACUUCAAGAGGUUCUUGAUGAGCGUCAAGGUGGUGCAGUACGUCCUCAUGCCUGCAUGCCCAGCUGCGGUGAUCAACUAUCGUCGAAUUCAGGUGACAGAGCAGCAAUCCGAGAAGCAAAAGAUGAACCUGCUACAGAAAUGCCUCAUCUUUACACACAGGGCCACAGAACUGACGUUGGAGGUUGGAGUCUGCGAACUGGCCUGGAAGAUGAUUGAGAAGCACCUGCACAAGCACCGAUUCAGUGACUCAGCUUUCUGCAGUGCCACAUUGAGCAAUGCCCAAUGGCUUGUGGGAGCUGCUCCAAGCAGUGGGUGCAAUGCAGUUUGGCAUCAAAUUCUCAGUGUCACGGAAGCAAAGCAGGUGCUUUUCAUGCGAAGAGUGCUGUUUUUGCAUGAUCGGGCUGUUCGCAGAGGUGGUCGUGCUGCAAGCGUCAGGCUGUCGAUUGCAGAGAGAAUGUGUGUCAUGCAACACAUACUCCACGAAAUGAGCCUGGCAGCUGAUCACAAUGGUGAAGGGAUCUUCGAGCCUGGCACCACCGACAAGGUUGCCAAGAGAGCUGUGGAUGGGGACUACAACAAUGAGCUGCAAGAGCUUCUGACACUGAAGGAUUCCAACUUCCAACCCCACUGCUUGCAAAUGUGGACCGAGAACGUUUGCAAAAAGGCCCCUCCACCCGAAGUCAGCUUUCAAGCCGUGGAUGAUGAAAUCAGCAAGUUGGACAAAGAUGCCAGGGAAUCAGCAUUUCGCCAGGAUGUCUUGAAGCUGACCAGGGACUGUGCCCAGCUGGGGAUGCUUUACAAAUCCAUGGUCAACCAUGAGAAGGCUGUGAGGAUCCAGAAGGUAACCCAUUUGAAACAGCAGAACACCAUUGGGGCCAACUUCAUUCGGAGGUUUAUGUCGCUGAACAUGAAGCAUGUCGCUGGACGACUUGGUGAGUUGGAAGCAGCGACCGAUGAGUUCGUGAACUCCGUGAGCAAGUUGGACAAAUUUGCUGGGCUUUUGGUGUGGCUCGACUUCACAAAGUUUGGUCGACUGUCCAACACCGACUUGAAUGAAACCUUGGAGCUACUGCAGCUUGCACUCUCCCGGAUCCCAGACCGAGCAGCAGCCUUUGUGAUCUGCCCGCACUUGAUCAGCGAGAAGGUGGCAGUGCAGGGGAACCUUCGAGGAGAGCUGAGGACU